CAUCGAAAUCAAAAAACCGUGACCAGUGACCCGGAUUGGAGCGACGACGGUCUGACUACGCGAGGCUACUAGGCAUGCGUCGUGAAGAUUUCUGUGCGCUGUGCGCGGGAUGCGAAUUCUUAGCUGGAAUAUAAAUGGAUUGCGUGCUGCAGGACGGGAAUCUUCUGUUGAGAAGUUAAUCACUUCACUAGAAGCCGACAUCGUUUGCUUGCAGGAAACUAAAGUUUCUCGAGAUCAACUCGAUGAACCAACAGCAAUCAUUGAAGGCUUCGUCUCCUUUUUUUCUUUUUGCAAAACUAAGAAACAAGGCUAUUCUGGUGUCGCCACGUUUGCUAAAUUACCUUGUUGCCCAGUCUUUGCAGAACAAGGCGUGACUGGAUGUCUGGCUGCUGGUCAAAGUGAUACCAUUGGUUGCUAUGGAGAGACGGAUUUAUUCCAAGUUGAUUCGACAGGGCUGGAUCAGGAAGGUCGAACAGUAAUGACAGAACACAAGCUGCAAACAGGCAAAUCACUCGUGAUCAUCAAUGUGUAUUGCCCUCGUGCUUCUGUAUGCGAGGACGGUGGGAAGCGAAUGGAGUAUAAAAUGCAGUUUCAUAGGAUAUUGUCUGAGCGGUGCCGAGGUCUCGUCGAAGCAGGGAAACACGUUUUGCUGCUGGGAGACAUGAAUGCAAUACAUGAAUCUAUUGACUGUUGUGAACCAGACAUGAUGACGUUUGACAGCAGCUUUGGGCAAACGUGGAUGGCCGACUUGAUUAGAAUAAAUCCGUCAGAGGGUCCUGGUCUUUUAGUUGAUUGCUUUCGGCAGUUUCAUGCAACCCGUAAGAAUGCGUUUACAUGUUGGGCUACCGUCACAUCAGCCAGAGAAACAAACUACGGCCGUCGUCUUGACUACAUCUUAGCGAGUCCCGAUUUCUUUCUCGAACACGUGACUGCUAGUGAUAUCUCUCCUCAUAUUCAAGGAUCAGAUCACUGUCCAGUUGUUGUGGACAUAAACGUAUCAUUCUGUCCCGCUGAUAAGCCACCAUCAUUGUGUAGUCAGUUUCUACCCGAGUUUUCUGGACGACAGCAGAAACUGACAAGUUUUCUGACGUCACGAGCAACAAUGGAAACAAAGUCUAGAACUACAGUGGAAGCAUCGAAGUCAACUAGUCCAAGUGAAUCUGAUUCUCGCAAGCGGAAAAACUCUGUUAUUGUCGUAGGCACAAAAAGAACUAAACAAGAAAGUCAGACAAAAUUGGCGAGGUUUCUAACAAAGAUGGCAGGUGACGACAAGUCUGAGACACCAGAGACUGACAAAGCAGCAAAGGGUGUUGAGACAAUCGAUGAUCAGUCUGAUGUCAAGUUGUUAAAAUCUGUUUCUACCGACAGUCGGUUAUUACAAGCAAAUCAGUGGAAGAGUCUGUUUAAGGGUCCGGCUCCUUUGCCGUUGUGCAAAGGACACAACGAGCCGUGUGUUCUGCGGACGGUGAGGAAGACGGGACGAAACCAGCACCGACAGUUUUAUGUCUGUGCACGACCACAGGGUCUCUCGACUGAUCCGAAGGCUCGAUGCGAUCAUUUUGAAUGGGCAUCCGGGAUUAAAGUCAAGUCACUAUGAUCGUAGAGCCAGUGUGGGUCAUAACUGUGGGAAAGUUUUCAUUAGACUGUUUAUAUGCUUUCGUUAAUAUAUUGGAAUGAAAUUCUAUUGUGCAGUUGGGUUUGUAUGCACACGUGCCCAGAAGCAGUCUUGUGACCAGCCACUGCAAUUAGACUGCAGUGUGGGCUAUCCGCCUCGUGUACACUGAAGGUCUGGCCACGCAAGACUAUGUAUCUCUACGGCUCUGUACAGUACCUGCUAUAUACUGUACUAACAGAGCCACUAGUCUAUACAGAGACUCUGUACAGCACAUAGCAGUGAGUGCGUUUCACUUUACAUCUGAUGUCAAGAGUUAUUGCCAUAUAAUUAUCUACACUGCUUGAA